AUGUGUAUUAAAAAUCAGACAAACAUGGUUACAAGUAGUUAUAUUACACCUGAAUUACAAGCUAUGAAUGAUGCUUGUAAAACAGCAGGUAUAACAGUUAUGAAUGAGGCUGGUUUAGACCCUGGAAUUGACCACAUGUUAGCAAUGCAGUGUAUAGAUCAAGUACAUGCUUAUGGUGGGAAGGUCGUUUCCUUUGUGAGUUUUGCUGGGGGUCUCCCUGCUCCAGAAGCAUCAGACAACGCUUUGCGGUAUAAAUUUUCUUGGAGUCCAAAAGGUGUUUUAAUGGCUUUAACUAGCCCAGCACGUUAUUUAAUGAAUGGAAAUGUUGUUGAAUUGGGAAGUAAUGGAGAAGUUUUUGAGGACCUUCAUGAAAUUGAUUUUAUGCCUGGUUUUAAUUUAAUUGGAUAUGCUAAUAGAGAUUCUACAAAAUAUGCAGAAAUUUAUGGGGUACAGGGAGAGUGCAAAACUCUUUUAAGAGGAACUCUUCGUUAUAAGGUAAAGAAAUUGGGAGGUUAUUUUACAUCAGGAAAGGAAUGAGAAUUCCUUUAGAGAUGUUAUAGAAUGCCCUCUCAUUUUUAUCAUACCUGCUAAGGCUUUCCAACCCAAGACC